AUGGGCGACGAGAAGCAUUGGCAAAACGAAGAUUUCAAGGGGAGGCUGCGGUCGAAGAGGAAUACAUUGGUGAUGGUCAUCGGCUCUGUGAGGUUGUUCGUCGAUUGUCUUUUACUCCUUAUCAUUGCCGCAUUAUUAUUGCUGCUAUGGGAGCAAUGGAAGGAAACGUCGUCAGGUUCAUGGCAAGUCGGUGGAGACUUCACCGGAGCCGGCCCAGAGUUUACGACCCAUGUCGUCAAAUGGGAGGCGGAUUCAACGUUUGUUCCUAGCAACAUGUCUGAGUGGUUUUCGAACGAGACACUGGCGAAAUGGAACACCAUUAUGCCUGCUGGCACCCAUCCUGCUCCGAGUAAUGAGACCUUUUUCACAACCUCCGUCACACAUCAACUGCACUGCCUGUUCAUAAUGGGGCGUAUUUAUUCCGGCGUGGUAACAAACAUGACCGAGAUUCUCCCAGUUGAUUACCACACCCACAUGAUGCAUUGCAUCGAUUAUAUGCGCCAGGCUGUGAUGUGCUCCGCAGAUGUGGCUCUUGAACCUCAUGAGUUGACGGACUCUGAUGAUAAUGGGCCUGGGGAUGGUGGCUGGAACGGACAUCAUGUGUGCAAAGACUAUAACCAAGUCAUACCCUACUUAGAACAACAAAUUGUAGACGGGAUAAGAACGGUGUUGCCCAUUGACGACUAA